GCGUCACUUCCGGAAACGGCCCCUUCCUGAGGCAGCGGGCGGGACAUCCGGUCCCUCGUGUUGCCGUUGCCGCCGCCGCCGCUUCCGCUUCCUGUGCGGCCGGCGCCCGGGGUCUGAGUCGGAGGGAGCAGCCUGGCCUCGCCGCGUGGAGGCGUCCGAUGGGGCUGGCCGAGGCUAAGCGACUGGAGCCCUGCUGGGCCUGAAGCGCGGCCCUCCCUGGUCCCUCGGGGGAUGUUUCCGCAGCCCCUGCCGCCUUCGGUGCCCAGAGGCCCAGCCAUGGCGGCGGCCUCGUCCGGGCGGAGAGCGGCGGCGGCGUCUUCCCGGAGCCGGUCCCGCGGGGGCGGUGGCGGGGCGGUGCUGCUGCCGUCCAUGCUGAUGUUCGGCGUGAUCGUGGCCUCGAGCGGGCUGCUGCUCAUGAUCGAGAAGGGGAUCUUGGCGGAGGUGAGGCCUCUCCCGCUCCAUCCCUGGCGCGGCGGAGAGCGGCCCUGGCGCCCGAGCCUGGCCAGAGGGCGGGGGGCGGAGGAGGGGCAGCGGGUGCUCCAGGACACCCGCAACCGGACCAUCCGGAGCGCCUGCGGGCAAAGGGCGGCGCCUGGCGGCGUGUGGGAGCUCCCUUCGGGGCAGAGGAGGACCCUCCUGAAGCACCUGCUGGUCAGCGACAAGCACCGCUUCCUCUACUGCUACGUCCCCAAAGUGGCCUGCUCCAACUGGAAGCGGGUGCUGAAAGUGCUGGGCGGCGCCCUGGAGAGCGUGGAGGCCAAGCUGAAGAUGGACCACAAGAGGGACCUGGUCUUCCUGGGAGACAUGAAGCCCCAGGAGAUCCGCUACCGCUUGAAGCACUACUUCAAGUUCUUGUUUGUGAGAGACCCCAUGGAGCGGCUGCUCUCUGCCUACAGGAACAAGUUCGGAGAGAUCAAGGAGUACCAGCUGAAGUACGGCCUGGAAAUCGUCAGGAGGUACCGGAAGAGCCCCGGGGGAAGCACUGGGGACGACGUCACCUUCCCCGAGUUCCUCCGGUUCCUUCUGGACGAAGACGUGGAGAGGAUGAAUGAGCACUGGAUGCCCAUUUAUAACCUGUGCCAGCCCUGCGCAGUCAGAUACGACUUCAUUGGCUCCUAUGAAAGGCUGCAGGAAGACGCCAACUUCGUUCUGGAAAGGGUCCAAGCGCCUUCGUCUGUACGCUUCCCAGAACGGCAGCCAUGGUACAAGCCAGUGACGCCUGAGACUCUGCAUUACUAUUUGUGUAACACCCCAAAGGGGCUCAUAAGGGAACUGCUCCCAAAGUACAUCAUGGAUUUCUCUCUGUUCGCUUACCCUCUUCCAAACGUCACAAAGGAAUUUUGCAGGCAAUAAACAUUUCCCACCAGAAAGCAAGCUCUCUCCUGUGGAAUUGGCUAAAUACUCCCUUUUAGGACAUUAAACGCCUUGCUAUAUAUGUUGCCUUUACAUUUAAAAUAGCUUUGACUUUUAUACAGUAUGCAUUUCUGCCGCUGAAUAGCAGCACAAUACGUCUUCAUAACUCCUUUUGUAUAUUUUAGUGGAAGAAACUUUUAUACAGGAACCAAAAUAGCAACUGCAGGACAGUCACUUUUCCAGAAGAAAUUGCAACAGGAAAACCAAGAGCUCAAGUAUCUACGUAUUUGUAGCGUAUCUACACUCAGGGCCAUAUAGGGCUGUGUGUGAGGGCAAUAAUUUUAUACUGUUUCUAUUUUUACUUCAGUAUUAAACUAAAAUUAGUCAUUAUUUUUAUUUAUUGAUCUUUGUAGAAAUAUUUAGACUGAAGUCUUACAGACCACUACAGUAUGUGCAAGCAAGUCCUAUUCAAUCCAAAGGAUCUUUUUAUCUGUGCAGUAAAAACAAAUUACGAUGACAUAAUAAAGACUAACAUGUUUAUUAUAUAUAUUAUCUAGUAUUUUCAUUGUAUUAUAUUGCUUAGAGUUAAAGGACAGAAAGGGAGGGUGUGUGUGUGUGUCAUACAUACAAAAUAAUUGGAAGCUUGGUAUACUAUUGGUUCAAAUAUGCUUUGUAAAUUCCUUACUUCAGUAGUUUGGCAGGGUGCUAUCUCACUCUCUUUUUCUUCCCUUCUCUCUUAAUAUUUAUGUUGUAUUUGCUAAUGUUUUAACAUUUGUUGUUUAUUGUUCUUGUGUGCCUGCAAGUCAUUUCCAACUGAUGGCAAACCUAAGGUGAACUUAUGGGGUUCUCUUAACACGUUUCAUCAGAGGGGUUCAUCCUUAGGCUGGGAGUGUGAUUUGUCUCAGGACACCUAGUGGGUUUCCAUGGCCAAGCGGGGAUU